UUAUUCUGGAUCUGUAUCUCAAAGGUCCUCAUAGAUUUAUUCUGGAUCUGUAUCUCAAAGGUCUCAGUGAACUUUUUCUUUGUUUUGUGGGUUUGACUCGAGAUUUGAUCCUUUUCUUAUUUAUUUUUUCCUCCGAAUUUUUGGUGCAUCAUUCAGUUUAUACCGAGACCAAUGUCAAUGGAAGGGUCAAGUAACGCUUCUUUGAGGGUAGUGUUGUUACAUGGUAACUUAGACAUUUGGGUGAAGGAAGCUAAAAAUCUUCCUAACAUGGAUCGUUUCCGGAGGUACAAGAAGAACAGUACAAGUGAUCCUUACGUGACUGUCUCUAUCGCAGAUGCAAAGAUUGGCACAACUUUUGUGAUCGACAACGAUGAGAAUCCUGUGUGGAUGCAGCAUUUCUAUGUACCGGUGGCUCACCAUGCUACGGUGGUUAAGUUUGUGUUGAAAGACAGUGACCGUUUUGGAUCAAGGUCCAUAGGAGAUGUUAGAAUCCCAACCGAGGAGUUGUGUUCAGGGAAUAGGAUCGAAGGGUUGUUUCCGAUACUGAACACUAGUGGGAAGCCAUGUAAAAAGGGUGCUGUGUUGAGUUUGGCUAUUCAAUACACUCCAGUGGAAAUGAUGAAAAUUUACCAAAUGGGUGUUGGUAAUGAGUGCGAAGGAGUUCCCGGUACGUACUUCCCUUUGAGGAAAGGCGGUAGAGUUACUUUGUAUCAAGAUGCUCAUGUUGAAGACGGGACACUUCCGAGAGUGGAUCUCGAUGGUGGAAUGCAGUAUAUACAUGGAAAGUGCUGGGAGGAUAUGGCUGAUGCGAUUAGACAGGCAAAGAACUUGAUUUAUAUCACAGGAUGGUCAGUUUACCAUCCGGUUAGGCUGGUUCGUCGCAAUAAUGAUCCGACUGAUGGUGUAUUAGGGGAUUUGCUUAAAGAAAGAUCUCAAGAAGGUGUUAGAGUGUUGCUAUUGGUGUGGGAUGAUCGAACUUCAAGUAACUUUAUGGGUCACAGAACAUGCGGAUUGAUGAAGACAAGCGAUGAGGAGAUUCGCCAUUUUUUCAAGAAUUCGUCCGUGCAAGUUAUUAUUUGUCCUAGAUCUGGUGGGAAAGGUCACCACAGCUUCGUUAAAAAAACUGAAGUUGGAACUAUCUACACACAUCAUCAAAAAACUUUGAUUGUAGAUGCUGAGGCAGCUCAGGGCCGAAGAAAGAUCAUAGCGUUUGUUGGAGGGCUAGACAUGUGCAAAGGACGUUUUGAUACUCCUAACCAUCCUCUCUUUAGGACAUUGAAGACGCUCCAUAAAGAUGACUUCCAUAACCCAAACUUUGCGACUUCUGUGGAUGAUGGACCAAGACAACCGUGGCAUGAUCUGCACAGCAAGAUUGAUGGUCCCGCAGCGUAUGACGUGCUUGCUAAUUUUGGACAACGUUGGCUAAAGGCUUCAGAGAAAAGGCACAGGAUUUCGAUACACAGAUCGUCUUCUGAGGAUGCUUUGCUUGAGAUUGACAGAAUUCCAAAUAUCAUGGGACUAUCAGAAGCCUCUUCUGUUAGUGAUAAUGAUCCAGAGUCUUGGCAUGUCCAGGUUUUUCGUUCCCUUGAUUCAACCUCCGUCAAAGAGUUUCCAAAGAACUCAAAGGAAGAUAGUGGAGAAAAUCUUCAAUGUGGGAAGAAUAUACUCGUAGACAUGAGCAUACACACGGCUUAUGUUAAGGCCAUAAGAUCUGCUCAGCAUUUCAUCUACAUCGAGAACCAAUAUUUUUUGGGAUCAUCAUUCAACUGGCAUUCACAUAACGACGUUGGUGCUAAUAAUCUAAUCCCUAUGGAAAUCGCACUUAAGAUUGCUAGUAAGAUUAGAGCUAGGGAGAAGUUUGCUGCUUAUAUUGUCAUUCCAAUGUGGCCAGAAGGUGAUCCAACAAAUAUGUUUAUGCAGAGCAUUCUAUACUGGCAGUAUAAAACCAUGCAAAUGAUGUAUCAAACUAUAUACAAGGCACUUGUGGAAGCUGAACUUGAUGGUCAGUAUGAGCCACAAGACUAUUUGAACUUCUUCUGUCUUGGAACCCGAGAGGCUUCUGAUGAAACAGUUAGCAAAUAUAGUUCUCGGAAUCAACCUAAGAAAAUUGCAAAGCCAAAUGCCGCACAGGUGCAAGCUUUGAAGAGUCGAAGAUUCAUGAUAUAUGUGCAUUCCAAAGGUAUGGUAGUGGACGAUGAGUUUGUCUUAAUUGGUUCUGCGAAUAUCAACAAAAGAUCAUUGGAAGGAACUAGAGAUACUGAAAUCGCCAUGGGAGGGUAUCAACUACACCAUUCAUGGGCUAAGAAAUGAGCUUAACUGGAGACAGUAUGCAGCAGAGGAAGUCACAGAGAUGACAAGUCAUCUUCUUAAGUAUCCAGUUCAUGUCGAUUGGACAGGCAAAGUGACUUCUCUUCCUGGAUGCGAGACAUUCCCAGAUCUAGGUGGCAGGAUUAUAGACUCAGGUUUUGUGAUCAAAGAAAACCUCACCAUCUGAAACUUACCUUAUCAAUGCCAAUGUGAAACAUUUCUUGCUAUUUCGUGGCGAUAAUAAGUGAUGU